AAAACAUAUAAAGCCAUUUAAAACAUCAUCAAACAUAAAGAAAUUAAGCCUCCAACAUUUGUCAUCCUCUCAUAAAUAAGAUUGAAUUGAACAUAAAAACCAGGAAGGAUUUCCAAAUCACUAAAUCAAUGAUUAAUAAAGCUCUUAAAGGAAUUGCUUAAUUCAUUUACACAAAAUACAACAAAACAUACAAAGCCAACAACCAAAGAUUUAAUACGCCUGGGCAACGUGGAUGUUGUCAUACAGAAAGAUAAACUUGGCUCACCCAUCGGCGGUUCGGAUGAUGGUAAUUUAGCUGCUUUUGCAGGCGGCGGUGGUAUAAAUAAUUUUGUUGGUGGCAUGUCAGCUGCUGGUGGCGGAGGCGGUGUAAUUGGUGGAGCUGGCAGUGGUGGUGUUAAUUUCGAUAUGGGUGAUUUACAACAGGAAUUGGAUCAGGAUGAAUUUGAUGGCAUUAAUAUGUUAAAUGGCGAACGACCUGCCAUUAUAGCGCCACCAGAGAGUGAAUGGUAUCAUGGAAGACUUGAUCGCUAUUCGGCUGAAUCACGUUUACGUGGCAGCAGCAAAUUGGGAAGUUAUUUGGUUCGAGAAAGUGAUCGCAAACCCGGUUCUUAUGUUCUCAGCUAUUUGGGCCGCACAGGCAUCAAUCAUUUCCGUAUUACUGCCGUUUGUGGUGACUUCUAUAUUGGUGGCCGGCAAUUUAUAUCGCUUAGCGAUUUGGUGGGCUACUAUACUUCCUGCAGUGAUCUCUUGAAACGAGAACGUUUGGUGUUCCCGGUGCCACCUCCAGAGCCGGUCAAUGACAAGAAACGUGUGGUGGCCAUACUGCCGUAUACCAAAAUGCCCGAUACCGAUGAAUUGAGUUUUCAAAAGGGCGACAUAUUCUUUGUGCACAAUGACAUGGGCGAUGGCUGGCUGUGGGUGACCGCCCAUCGUACCGGUGAACAGGGCAUGAUAUUUAGGGAAUUGGUAGAUGAUCUAGAUCCAGCCAUAGAUCCCAAUACAGUUUUUCCUUGGUUCCAUCCGAAUUGCACGAAAAAUGAGGCCGUCGAUAUGUUGGUUAAGGCUGGUCCUGGCAGUUUUCUAGUACGUCCCAGUGAUAACUCCCCGGGAGACUAUUCCCUUUUCUUCCAUAUCAACAAUCAAAUCCAACGUUUUCGCAUUGAAAAGAAGGGUGUACGCUAUCUCAUGGGUGGCCGCACUUUCGAGUGCUUGGAUGCCGUCAUUAAUCGCUAUCGCAAAGAGCAAAUUGUGGAGGGCCAUUGUUUGAGUCAUCCCGUGGUGAAUGGCACCCAGCCGGAAUUCAAUCAACAGUAUGUGGUCGAAAAGGCAGCCGAAAAGAUUUAUGCCACUUUGCGUGAGUGUCGUGAUCAAAUUGGUUUGAAGAAAAUCAAAGGCAUCAAACAUCAUGGUCAUUUGAAUAAGAAAUCGGAUAAAACCGCCAAAUGGAAACAACUAUAUUUCGCUCUAAUCAGCGAGGGUUCCGAAACACACCUCUGCUUCUAUGACAAUCCCAAAAAGACUAAACCCAAGGGUCUUAUUGAUCUAUCCUGUGCUUAUCUCUAUCAAUGUCACGAUUCCCUGUGGGAAAGGCCAUACUGUUUUCAGAUAGUGGAGCGGGCUUUACCCUGCUUGGCCACCGUUACAUAUUUGUGUGCUCCUAGUCAAGAGAGUUAUGUUGAGUGGAUAAAUGCCUUAAAGGCUCAAUGUAUCUCUCAGCUGAGUAAGGCCCAGAAGAAAGUACCACGUCUUAGAGAACUGCGUUGCCUAAAUUUACAUAUAUUAGAAGCUCAUAGACUGCCAUUUAAAUUAGUGCCACAUCCCUACUGUAGUAUUUCCUUGAACCAGGUAAAAGUGGGCAAAACAAAAGUCAAAAUAGCACCUGAUCCAGUUUGGGAAGAAGAAUUUGUGCUGGAUGAUGUACCACCAGAUGUGGUCUCCCUAACCAUUACAUUAAUAUCGCGCGGUAAACGUGGCAAGGACAGUGAGGUGGCCGAACUAACCAUUGACUUGGCCAGCUUAAAGAAUGGCCAAGAAACCGAAGAGUGGUAUCAAUUAACCGGCAUGACACCCAUGGGUGAAUGGGGCUCUUUACGUUUAAGAAUGCGUUAUUUGGAUGAUCUCAUAAUGCCUUGCGAAGAAUACAGUCCUCUGCAACAACUCUUACUGGAAUCCGAGCUCUAUGCCGUCAAAGCUUUAGCCGAACUGUGUCAUAAUGAUCGUGUGCCCUUGGCCACGGCCCUGCUUAAAGUUUUCCGCCAUGAAAAACGUGAAACCGAAUUGAUACGUGUUCUCUGUCAGGCGGAGAUAGCACGAGAAAACGAAACUACUACAUUGUUUAGGGGCGCCAGUUUGGCAACCACUCUUAUGGAUUUGUAUAUGCGCACCGAGUGUACUGGUUUCCUGCAGGCAGCCGUUUCCGAGACCAUACAACGCAUUAUGGACAGCAAACAGUCGGCUGAAUUGAAUCCCACCAAAAUGGAUGUCAACGACGAUGCCUGCUCCAAUGCUGAGUUCCUUUUACAAAUUCUAGAUCUUGUCACACACUCGAUAUUCACCUCGCCCGAAGCCUGUCCCCGUUCGGUCAGAUUCAUUUGCAAUUGUUUGCAAAAGGCCGUGGUGGCUAAGUGGCCUACGGAACGUUUGGUUAGAACACGCGUGGUGUCUGGUUUUAUAUUCUUGCGUUUGUUGUGUCCGUCUUUGUUGAAUCCGCGACAAUUUGGUCUGGUUAGUGAAACACCGCCAACAGCGGCCACGCGAUCAUUGAUAAUGGUGGCCAAAUGUUUGCAGAAUUUGGCGAAUCUUAUAGAGUUUGGAGGAAAGGAACAAUACAUGGAGGUGGUUAAUCCUUUUAUAUUGAAAAACAAAGAACGCAUGAUUGUUUUCCUAGAUCAAUUAUCUAUGGUUACAGAUCCUACAGCACCGCCCGGCUGGAAUUCAGAACAAAAUUCGAAUCAAAAUUCUCAAGAUACUGGCCGUGAACUAGCUACGUUACAUCAUAUUUGUGUUUCAUACUUACCGGAAUUGCAAGAAUUAUCGAAUAUAAUCUCAAUUAAAAAAUUAGUUACUGUUACCGAUAUGCUUACAAAACAUAAACUUAAGUAUCGUGAAAUGAUUAGUUAAGUUAAAUAAUAUGCGAACAAAGGAAAAAAAAAACAAAAACUUUUUUAUAUUAAGAAAGACAUUUAUAUACAUACAACAAUACAACUUAUAACUCUUUAAUAAGACACGUAUAAUAAUGAUUGGAACUCCAUGGAAAACUGAUCCAUGGUGUAAAGAUGAUAAAGACAUAUUUAACUGUGUUUUUUUGUUUUUCUUUUUCUUAUUUUAUAUUUCUUUCUAUCAACUCAUUAAACGCGUCUCAAAGGAUAUUUAAUAGAUCACAAAAAAACGCAACACAUUACCAAAUAACAAACAAACAAUUCUCUCUCUUUCUCUCGCUCGCUCUCUAUUUCGAACUAUAUAAAUCUGUCAUUUUUUAUAUAUAAACGAGAAAAAAAACCAACAUAAUUCUAUAAUAAUACUAUAUUUAUAAUAAUAUUUAAGGGAAUUAACACCAAUUUACAACGAUUUUUCUAUAAAAUCGUUUGAAAAUGAAUUAAAUAAACAAACAAAUUUAAAAUAACAUAAUAA